AUGAGUGAUCAACUCGACCUUCAGGCCGUUCUGCAGAAUGGCUACUUCAAAACAUCGCGAGCAAAGCCUGCGCAACACUCCCCACCGCCGCUCGACUUUGUGCUUGUGGACGACUCUUCUCGCACCGAGCAAGAACGAGCAUUGGCACUGGCCGAUCCGCGACCACCACGCACGCGACCACCACCGCCGCCGACAUGCGAAGACGAGGCAGAGGCGCUGGCCAAGGAGUUUGGGUCCCUGUGCACCGACACAUCGGCAGACGAACCUCCGUCACGGGGCGACUUUGAGCAACACCCGAUCCUGCUCGAGGUGCACGAGCACAAUCCCGAGCGCCGCUUCGUGCUCGUUCCUGACUCGCCUGAACCUAGUGCGCCGGCGGAGAGCCAGAACAAAGACGAAGGAUCAGACACAGAGAGGCGUCGCAAGAUCCAGUCCGAUAGCGAGCAGCCACGCUACCCACACGUUGAUCGCAAGUAUGAGCCUGUCUUUGAAGAGAAGCUCACGGCAGAGCCACGACCUGCCAAUCCUCGUAGAAGGAGCAGGCAGGAUCUGCCAGCGUUGGAUACGGCGUACCGGAAAGAACGUACAAAGUCUGCCGUUGGUCCUCGGCCAGAGGCCUUUUCUGCAAGGCCCGGGGUGUCUCAUAAGGAGGACUUGUUAACGCCGGACUCGGUGAGGAAUGGCUCCAGCCGAAGCGACAGGGUCUACUACGAGACUGCAUCGUCAACUACGGGACCGCGGCGCAUGGCUCACCAGAAGAGCUUCACCAACCUGACAGAUGACCGGAGAAGAGACAGGCCACAGCGACGCGAAAGCCUGAGCCCAGCUCGUGGCAUGCGCUCGGAAUCAAACCCCGAUCCUAGGAAGUCAAGACGCAAGGUGUCUGUCGACCGAAGCGAACCAAGGUACAGAGACGAGCCGCUGGGAGCCCGCGGCAGCAGGCGGGAGAGCCAGCUGCCCCCAAGACGACCUGAGGAACCGACCCCCGUGUCAGCAUCCUCGCAAAGGCCGAGGGGACCCAGGCCACGGCAGGAAGGCAGCCGAUCGAGCGACGAGAAAGAGGCAAGCUCGGCACGUACCUCGACUCGUCCGCGCCGCAAGUCGACAUCGGUGCACCAGGAUAGUGAACCGCGGCAUGUCUCCGAAAAGGAACGAGCACGCUGGGUCGAUGAUCGAUCUCGCUCACGAGAUCUCUCUGCGACAACCCAGACCACGCCCAUCGUGGGUGCUCGCGAACCUUCUAUGCACCCAAGGGCUUCUGCAACGUUCCCCAUUGCGGGCGACUUUCAUCGCUCGUACCCGGAUGAUCUCGCUUCGGGAAGACCACCUCGCGUACCACCGCAUGCUAGCCAACCAGCACCAUCCACUUCCACGCCCGCUGUGCCUUUACCAGCGUCGGUACCAAUGGAAAGCAGUUUCCACAGCACAGCCUCGGGCACGCAGGGUUCUGCUAAUUCCAAUAUGUGGCCCCCUCAAGCAUUUGAUCCCGAUCGGGACGGGCUACCGACAGACAGGCAGCCAGUGAGCAAAGACAUCGGUUCCUACCGACGCUAUUCCGAAGGACACGCCCUGGACGGCGUGCCUCAAUUUCCGGAAUGUCCUCACCUCAACGUAUGCCCAGAUUGCUACCAGGCUGUAUUCGCGAACACUGAAUUCCGCACGCAAUUCCAACCCAUGCUGCGGCCGACAGACCGGCCCUUGGCGUGUGACUUCGGUUCGUCGCCUUGGUAUCGCAUCGCGUACCUGCUCACGCUGAAGAACGAGCACCCGGACCUGAGGCUGUUGCACCAGGUGGAUAACGUUGCUGCUGCGUCACGCAACCAGCCGUGUCCUGGAAGCCGCAAGGCGCACAGGAACUGGUUCACCGUAAGGGACCCGUACAAGCGACGCACCGUCCCGAACUUCACCGUCUGCUACCAAUGCGCGAAGAUGGUGGAGGUACUUCUUCCCAACCUCAUGGGGACGCUUGUGCCCGACGCACGCCCCGAGCCCCCUCCUAGUGUGUGCGCGUUGCAUUUCAAACCACAGCGUCGACGAUUUGCUCUAUACUUUGAUAUUUUUGAAACAACUGCAGACAGGGCCGUGAGGAACAAUGAGCCGCCCGACGUCAGCGCCCUCGCGUCCAAGAUCGAGCGGCUAAGUGCAGUCGAGGAGUGCCGCGAAGAUACCCCGAUACCGAACGCGUACUGGCACACGAUGCAGUACUUGCCGGAGCUCACCGUCUGCAGCGACUGCUUUAAUGAGGUGGUGCGGCCGAGGAUCAGCACCGAUCUCCUGGCGCGCAAUUUUUACAAGGACCCGCAACGACUCCAGCUGGCCACCUGUCAGCUGUACUCGGAGAGAAUGAGAGAGAUCUUCAGCAAGGCCUGUCGGCGCAACGACUCCAAGUAUCUACGCGCCAAGGUCAUUGAGCGAAUGCAGGUGGAGAUGGAUAUACACGCCCAGUUGGUGAAGCUUGACAGAGGGGGGCACGAUGACGCGUAUACAGAGGAACAAGUGGCAAGGCUGAUCAGCGAAUGGAAGACAUGGGAAUGA